AUGGCCGAUUCAGACCACGAGUACGACGAGGAUGAUGAUCUCCAGGUCAAUGGCGAUGGCACAGGCAAAGGUCGAACCUUGGCGUCGCGUCCGAAAGCAAGAGCUUUGGCGAGAUGGGAAGAAGGAGCCACUGGAACUGGUGAUCUCCGUCAAGGGGCAGAUGGAAACCUAUUGGAGGUGCUGGGUGGCAUUGAAGAAGCCGCAAAAAGGAAACGGCUUGUCAAAGACACUACGCCUCUUCAGCGUGGCAUCAUUCGACAUACAAUUCUAAUUUUGGAUCUUUCAUUGGCGAUGAUGGAGAAGGAUCUGCGUCCUACUCGAUUACUUCUGACCCUCACAUAUGUAAUUGCGUUCAUCCGCGAAUACUUCGAGCAAAACCCCAUCUCACAGCUUGGAAUCCUUGGCAUGCGGGAAGGACUGGCCAUUCGAGUCAGCGACAUGUCUGGCAAUCCAAAUGACCACAUCAACGCCAUCAAAGCACUUCGAAGUACGGAUCCUAAGGGGAACCCAUCACUGCAGAACGCGCUCGAGAUGGCGCGAGCAGCCCUCUACCACACCCCAUCGCACGGCACGCGUGAAGUAGCGAUAAUCCUCGGAGCCCUACAUACCUCGGAUCCUGGAGACAUUCAUGACACCAUCAAAGCCUGUAUCAAAGACAAAAUACGCGUGAACAUCAUCGGUUUAGCGGCUCAAAUGUUCAUAUGUGCCGAGAUCUGUCGAAAGACAAACCAAGGCGACACGAACUGCUACAAUGUCGCAGUUGACGAGGUCCACUACCGUGAAUUGCUCAUGUCAAUCACGACACCACCUGUGGUGCGUGCUUCGGACGUUGAAGCGCAGAAGCGAAACCAAGCUGCACUAUUAAUGAUGGGCUUUCCGUCAAGAAUCGUCGAAGAAAAGGCAACACUGUGUGCUUGUCAUGGUAAUCUCACCAGAGGUGGUUACCUUUGCAGCAGAUGCAAAGCGAAAGUCUGCAACCUCCCAGCUACAUGUCCGACGUGUGAGCUCACGCUUAUCCUCUCCACGCAUCUCGCGAGAUCAUACCACCAUCUUUUCCCCCUGCAGAACUGGGACGAGGUCUCUUGGAAACGAGCCCAACAAAAGAGAAGCGUGCAGUGCUUCGGAUGCCAAUCUCCAUUUCCUGCACUAUCUGGCGGAAUAGACGGAGUCGAUGGCUCUGCAAAUGGACACAGCCGGCCCAAACGGGCAGAAGGCGCAUCUGAGUCAUCCCGGUAUGAGUGCUCGACUUGCCAGCAGCAUUUUUGCAUUGAUUGCGAUGUGUUUUGUCAUGAGGUGGUUCACAAUUGCCCCGGCUGUCAAAGCAACGCUCAUUUGCCAGGUAUCGAGAACGGGGCGGCCGAAAUGGAGGUUGCGCCAAGUUGA